AUGUUGCCCUCAACUCCUGGCGCUGACCUUACCCCGUCUGAAGACAAUGGUGUUGGGCUCUCCGACUCCACUUUGUCACAGCACCGUCGAAAGAUGCUUGACCUCAUCAACCGUCUCCACACCACAGGGCUAACGGACAUGGACCUGCCCAUGAUCGCAGUCAUUGGCUCGCAGAGUGCGGGGAAAUCCUCUCUUAUUGAAUCCAUUUCUGGGAUCACUCUCCCUCGCUCAGCUGGAACGUGUACAAGGUGCCCAACUGAAUGUAAACUUUCACGCUCCGAAGACUCCUGGAAAUGUCUCGUCAAACUUCACAUUACUACCGGCCCGUCGGGCCAACCCUGUGAUGUGCUCACCAUUCCUUUUGGAUCACCCAUCACCGAUAAGGCCGAUGUAGAAGAUCGAAUCAGGCGUGCUCAAAGGGCAAUUCUAAACCCAAGCACUGAGCCACAGAAGUUUCUUUAUGAGCUAGAAGAUCAAACCGCUGAGCAAGCUGAGUUAUCUUUCUCCAAAAAUUGCGUUUCUCUCGAGAUAAGUGGGAAGGAUGUGGCGGAUCUCUCAUUCGUGGACCUUCCUGGACUCAUCGCGAGCGUCGGGAGUGCAGGAAAGACCGGGGAUAUUGAUCUCGUCAAGGGUUUGGUGACGUCUUACAUUGAGAGGCCUAGUUGUGUCAUCCUUCUGACGGUUACUUGUGAAACCGACUUUGAGAAUCAAGGAGCGCAUCACUUGACGAAAAAACACGAUCCUGAAGGCAAGCGCACUGUUGGCGUGCUCACGAAGCCGGAUCGCAUUCCUGCUGGUGAGGAGAGCAUGUGGCUGAAGUUCAUUCGUAACGAGCAGGAGCCGCUCGUGAACCACUGGUACUGCGUCAAGCAACCUGGGUCUCAGAUGCUCAAAGACGGGAUCUCCUGGGCCGAAGCAAGGAAGGAAGAAAACAACUUCUUUGCUUUGACACAGCCCUGGUCGAGCAUGGAGUCACAGUACCAGAAGUUCCUGAGAACAAGCAACCUGACGGAGCGGUUGAGCACGAUUCUGUCCGAACUGAUCGCGAAAAGGCUUCCUGAUAUCCACAAGGAAUUAUAUAAUAUUCUGCGCAAGACUCGAGAUGAGAUGAGAAAGCUUCCGAAAGCGCCGUCUACCGAUCCCGUGGGUGAGGUUUGGAGUAUAGUCGGUCAAUUUUCGAAGCAGCUGUUUCAACGACUCGAGGGGACGCCUGAUCAAGACGGUAUAUUGCAGACCAUUCGACCACACCAGGAAGAAUUCAAGCGUGCUGUACGAGGAACGGCUCCCCGGUUUAUUCCAUGGGCAAAAGGCGAAAUCCGCGAACUGCCGGCAAUCGAUUUCCUAGCAAACGAGGAGGAUGAACCACAGAAGUCCCGAGAAGGAGUCCCUCCUAUGCUCACUCCGAGGUCGUCCACGCCACAGUCGGGAAUUUAUAUUGAGGAUGUUCUUGAUCACGCCCAGAGGGCUCGUACUCGCGAACUUCCCGAUAAUUAUCCCUUCAUUGUACAGGAGACGUACAUCAAGGAGUUUACUGAAAAAUGGGAGACACCAUCGCGAAUACUUUUCGACGAAGUAUACGACAUCCUGAAGAACGACCUGAGCGAUCUAGUUCAUGAACAUUUCGAGAAAAUGGGAAGGGGCGGCACACUUCACAGCGUGCUGAUGAUAGUGAACGAACACCUUGACAAAGCCGCAAAGCAGGCCAGGGAAAAGAUAAAUUGGCUCUUGGAACUCGAGAAGGCACCGACAACUUUGAACGUGCACUAUUACUCUAACUACAAGAUCAAAUUCCUCGGAUAUUACAAGGGUUGCAGAGAUCGCGAAGAGUUGACCACAAAGCUGCAGAAUUACCGUGCGCCGACCACAAUGCACACGAGUCCAAACCAUGGACAAGCGUUCCACCAAGGCAUCCAAAAGGCUCUCACUGGACUAACAGAAAUUGGUCUUUCCGUGCAGGUUGGUGAUCUUCCAAAGCUUCUGCCCGUGGAUCCCAUGGAGCCUGCCCUUCUGAUUAUGGCGGGAGUAAGGGCGUACUUCCAGGUUGCGUACAAGCGCUUUGCUGAUAUGGUCCCGUUGGCCAUUGACUAUGAGAUAGUCCGCGGUCUGCAUAAGGGCAUGGAGCAGGCUCUUCUUGAUGGGUUGAGCUUGACGGGUCCCGAUGCGUACGUGCGAUGUCAGUUAAUGGUCCAGGAGCAUAGCAGUGUCGCCUCGAAGCGUACGGAGCUGCAGAAGAAAUUGGACAGACUUAACGCCGCCAGUUUAGAAUUACGCAAACUCUUUGUAUAG